AAGCAGCUAGUGGGGAGAGUUGGCAUUCCGAAUUAUGUGCACGAUGCAUUUCAUGAAGCAAAAACGAAGUUUGGUACCAGCGGGCCGCAACUCCAUAAUCUAAUACGGAUGUUGAAGAUCGCGAUUUCUUCCGUACCGCAAGUUUCCGUCUGCCUCGAUGCACUAGAUGAAUGCUUGCCGAAGCAUCUUCCACAGCUUCUAGAGUGCCUAAGAGAUAUUGCUCUGGGGUGCCCAAGGACAAGAAUAUUCUUCACCGGGAGGCCCCAUGUCAAAGAGGAUAUCCAAAGAUAUUUUUCCAGGGCGAUUCUUUUGCCUAUUCGGCCAAACACGGACGAUAUCACGAGUUACGUAGAGAUGAGGUUGGCUAGGGAUGCGGAGCCAGAGGCGAUGAACGAGAACUUGCUGGCGGAUAUUAUUAGAACUAUCUCAGAGCAGAUAUCUGAUAUGUGCGUAGUAGCAGUUUAUCAUUUCUCCCCUAUGAAUAAUGUAUGCUUACAAGCGGCUGUGUGCAGAUUCCUGCUUGUCUCUAUAUGCACGGACACCAUUCUAGGACGGGUGACAAUUCACCAGAGAAGGAGGAAGCUGGAAGAAAUGGCAAAGGGCAAUGGACUGAGUGGUGCCUGUUGAAUUUCCUAAUUCGUUUCAUAUGUAUAUUCUCCUUGAUAAUAUCGUAUAUUCCUCUACUUAGUAUUAUUUCUAUACACAGACAUUACUACAGCAGGAGUAUGUAUUAUGUAUAUUUCAUUUGAUAUUUCAUGAUACGAUUAGGGGAUUAUGGUGUGCUUUUCUUAUCUGGUGUUCAGGUUAAUUAUAUUUCACUUAUCUGUUCACACCAUCUUAGAUUUACGCAUGUUUUAUGGGAUUUUUUUGGCAGUUCUUCAGGGUCAAACAUGUUCACACUUAUGUUUUUCCUACUUAUAUUACAGUCAAACACGUCAAUACUUUGUUUUCCCUUAUAUUUUCUCUUAAUUACGAGAAGGAUGCAC